AUGCCAGUUGAAGAAUUAGAAGAUAAAGUAAUUUUAACAAAUCCACAAGAUUCAUCAUCAAAAGUAACAAUAUUAAAAUAUGGAGCAACAAUAAUAAGUUGGGAAAAUAAAGCUGAAGAAAAAUUAUGGUUAUCAAAAGCUGCAAAAUUAGAUGGUUCAAAACCUGUUAGAGGUGGGAUUCCAUUAGUUUUUCCCAUUUUUGGUAAACAAAAAAAUCCAGAACAUCCUACUUCAAAAUUACCACAACAUGGAUUUGCAAGAAAUAAUGAAUGGGAAUUUUUAGGACAAACUAAUGAAUCACCAGUAACUGUUCAAUUUGGAUUAGGACCUGAAAAUUUAUCUGAAGAAACUAGAUCAUUAUGGCCAUUUAAUUUUACUUUAAUUUAUACUAUUUCAUUAAAAGAAGAUAAAUUAACCACCAAAAUAGAAGUUGAAAAUUCUGGCAGAAAGGAAUUUGAAUUUAAUUGGUUAUUUCAUACAUAUUAUAAAAUUCAAGAUAUAACUGAUAUUUUAGUAUCAAAUCUUAUAGAUCAAAAUUGUUAUGAUCAAUUAAUUGGAGAAUCAUAUAUUGAAAAAGCUCCAGCUAUAUCAUUUCAUGAAGAAUUUGAUAGAAUUUAUAAAAAUAUUAACCUGUCAAAAAUUAUUCAAAUUAUUGAUAAAGGUAAAGUAUUAUAUAAUUUAAAAAGAAAUAAUUUACCUGAUUCUGUUGUUUGGAAUCCAUGGAUUAAAAAAUCGGAGGGAAUGAAUGAUUUUGAACCUAAAUCAGGUUAUGAAAAUAUGAUUUGUGUUGAACCUGGUCAUGUUAAUUCUAUGGUUUUAUUACCACCUGGUGAAAAAUGGUUUGGUGAACAAGAAAUUUCAAUUGGUGGAGAAAUUAAAGUUCAAUCGAAUAUAUAUUAG